UUGCUUUCCGCGGGGAAGAGUAUUCGCGUCCCAAUGGCGGACGCAUGAAGUUUGUAGAGAAACCGGCUCUAUAAAUCCGCUGACAUCGAAAAUAAUUAGCAAACCUGCUUAAGAUAACCUAAACUUUUCUCAUAAUAUACACAUUCUCCAGCCUUUGCAAGAUGUACGGGCAGGAUGAAGAAAUGUUUGAAGCGGAGGAUGAUAAUGAUGAGAUCACUGCUGCUCUGUGGCAAGAGGCGUGCUGGAUUGUCAUCAGUGCAUACUUUGAUGAGAAAGGUUUAGUUAGACAACAACUUGACUCGUUUGAUGAGUUUAUUCAGAUGUCUGUACAGAGGAUUGUUGAAGAUACCCCUCAAAUUGAACUGAUUGCUGAAGCUCAACAUAAAGCUGGUGUUGUUGAAACACCUCCGCAAUAUUUAUUGAAGUUUGAGCAAAUUUAUUUAUCAAAACCAACACAUUGGGAAAAAGAUGGAAGUCCAAGUCCCAUGAUGCCAAACGAGGCCAGACUUAGAAAUCUCACAUAUUGUGCCCCUCUGUAUGUAGACAUUACAAAGACUGUGGUUAAGCCAGAUGAGGACCCAGUUGAAACUCAACAUCAGAAAACUUUUAUAGGAAAGAUACCAAUUAUGUUGCGGUCAACAUAUUGUCUAUUGAGUGGCCUGACUGAUCGUGAUUUGACUGAGUUGAAUGAAUGUCCCCUAGAUCCAGGGGGAUAUUUCAUAAUCAAUGGGUCAGAGAAGGUGCUUAUAGCACAGGAGAAGAUGGCAACAAAUACUGUGUAUGUAUUUAGACAGAAGGACUCAAAGUACGCCUUUAAGACAGAGAUUCGAUCUUGUCUAGAGCAUUCUUCAAGACCUACUAGUACACUUUGGGUGAACAUGAUGGCCAGGGGUGGUCAGGGUGCUAAGAAGAGUGCUAUUGGUCAGAGAAUCAUUUCUAUCCUACCAUAUAUUAAACAAGAGAUCCCGAUCAUUGUUGUGUUCCGGGCUCUAGGCUUCGUGUCCGACAGAGAUAUUCUAGAACACAUUAUAUACGACUUUGACGACCCCGAGAUGAUGGAAAUGGUAAAACCAUCACUUGACGAAGCCUUUGUCAUCCAGGAGCAAAAUGUUGCCUUAAACUUUAUUGGUGCACGUGGUGCUAGGCCUGGUGUCACAAAGGAAAAGCGAAUUAAAUACGCACGAGAAAUCUUACAGAAAGAAAUGUUACCUCAUGUAGGUGUCAGUGACUUCUGUGAAACUAAGAAAGCUUAUUUCUUAGGGUAUAUGGUACAUAGAUUAUUACUGGCAGCUCUAGGAAGAAGAGAGGAGGAUGACAGAGAUCACUAUGGUAACAAGAGGUUGGAUCUUGCUGGUCCCCUGCUUGCCUUCUUAUUUAGAGGACUAUUCAGAAACCUUACAAAGGAAGUAAGAAUGUAUGCUCAAAAGUUUAUUGAUAAAGGUAAAGAUUUCAACUUGGAUUUGGCCAUCAAGACUAGGACUAUUACAGAUGGUCUCAAGUAUUCACUGGCUACAGGCAACUGGGGUGAUCAGAAAAAAGCUCAUCAGGCUCGAGCUGGUGUCUCGCAGGUGUUGAACAGACUUACAUUUGCCUCAACAUUGUCACAUUUACGACGACUGAAUUCACCGAUAGGACGUGAUGGUAAACUUGCACGUCCUAGACAGCUACACAACACUCACUGGGGUAUGAUCUGUCCUGCUGAAACACCAGAGGGUGGUGCAGUAGGUCUUGUGAAGAACCUUGCCUUGAUGUCAUAUAUUUCUGUAGGAUCUCAACCUUCACCUAUCCUUGAGUUCUUGGAGGAAUGGAGCAUGGAAAACCUUGAGGAGGUAGCCCCAUCCUCCAUCGCAGAUGCCACCAAGAUUUUUGUGAAUGGUUGUUGGGUUGGUAUCCAUAGAGAUGCAGAACAGCUGAUGACAACAUUGAGGAAAUUGAGAAGAGAAAUGGACAUCAUUGUCUCUGAGGUAUCAAUGAUCCGAGAUAUAAGAGACAGGGAGAUUCGUAUAUAUACUGAUGCUGGUAGAAUCUGUCGUCCAUUAUUGAUUGUAGAAAAUCAGAAAUUACUCCUGAAACAAAGUCAUAUCAAACAGCUGAAACAGCGGGAAUAUAACAACUACAGUUUACCUGGGGAUUAUAUAGAUCCUAUGUGUUGGCAGGAUCUGGUAGCCAGUGGUGUUGUGGAGUAUAUUGACCCGCUAGAGGAAGAAUGUGUCAUGUUAGCCAUGUCACCUGACAUUCUCAUGGAGAAGGAGACACAUUAUUGUUCUACAUACACUCAUUGUGAAAUCCAUCCAGCCAUGAUCCUCGGAGUGUGUGCAUCCAUUAUUCCAUUCCCAGAUCAUAACCAGUCCCCACGUAACACCUACCAAUCUGCUAUGGGUAAGCAAGCUAUGGGAGUAUAUAUUACAAACUUUCAUGUGCGUAUGGAUACACUAGCUCACGGACUACUUUAUCCUCAGAAACCACUUGUAACUACACGUUCCAUGGAAUACCUGCGCUUUAGAGAAUUACCUGCAGGUAUUAACUCAAUUGUGGCUAUUUCUACAUACACGGGAUAUAACCAGGAAGAUUCUGUCAUCCUGAACCAGUCUGCUGUGGAGAGAGGUUACUUCAGGUCAUUUUUCUUCCGAGCAUAUAAAGAUUCCGAAUCUAAGAAAGGUCUAGACCAGGAGGAAAUCUUUGAGAAGCCUACUCGAGAAACUGUACAAGGGAUGAGACCAGCUAUAUAUGACAAAUUAGACGAGGACGGUAUAAUAGCCCCUGGUGUUAGAGUGUCUGGUGAUGAUGUACUGAUUGGGAAAACUCUCUCAUUACCUGCCAAUGAUGAUGAGUUGGAAGGUACUGCUAAGAAAUUCACUAAGAGAGAUGCAAGUGUGUUUAUGAGAAGAAGUGAGACAGGUAUCAUUGAUCAGGUGAUGGUAACAAUUAACCAGGAAGGAUAUAAAUUUUGUAAGAUCCGAGUAAGAACUGUCAAGACCCCUCAGAUUGGUGACAAAUUUGCUAGUCGUCAUGGACAGAAAGGAACAUGUGGAAUCACUUACAGACAAGAGGACAUGCCAUUUACAUGUGAAGGAAUCACUCCAGACAUUAUCAUUAAUCCUCACGCUAUUCCCAGUAGAAUGACAAUUGGCCAUUUAAUCGAGUGCCUACAAGGCAAAGUGGCUGCCAACAAAGGUGAGAUAGGGGACGCUACACCCUUCAAUGAUUCUGUCAACGUACAGAAAGUCUCAGAUCUACUUCAUCAGUAUGGCUAUCAACAGAGAGGAAAUGAGGUUUUAUACAAUGGAUUUACUGGAAGAAAAUUGAAUGCACAGGUGUUUCUUGGACCUACAUACUAUCAGCGUCUGAAACAUAUGGUGGAUGACAAGAUCCACUCUAGAGCUAGAGGACCACUUCAGAUACUCAAUAGGCAACCUAUGGAGGGUAGAGCUAGGGAUGGUGGAUUACGUUUUGGAGAAAUGGAACGUGACUGUCAGAUAGCUCAUGGUGCUGCACAAUUCCUUCGGGAGAGAUUGUUCGAGGCUUCAGAUCCAUACAGAGUUCAUCUCUGUAAUAUUUGUGGUCUCAUUGCCAUAGCCAACCUCAGAAACCAAACGUUCGAGUGCAGAGGUUGUAAAAAUAAAACACAGAUAUCUCAAAUACGUAUCCCAUAUGCGUGCAAGUUGCUAUUCCAAGAACUUAUGUCAAUGAGUAUAGCACCUAGAAUCAUGGUGACCUGAGCUGACCUGGCAGCGUACAAGUUGUGAAAAUAAAUAUGUGCCACAUACAAUCUGAUUACACUGAAUGAUUCAUAGUAAACUGGGAUCAUUUCAUCUGACAUCAGUGACCUUGACAGGUUUCCUAAUGUAAUGACAGCUGCCGUUGUGUUGAAAUCAACGUAAUCAAUAAUUGAUAUACAGUUUAGUGCAUGUAAUAAUAAGUAAGACACUUGUAUAUAGUCAUAUUGUACUAUUGUCUAAGUCACAUUGUGGGAAAAGUUGGUUUUAAAUGAAAGAAUGUUUAGUUUGUUGUGACAUUCUGAGGAAAGAAAUACGUUUUGGAGUUAGUAUGAGGAGACAAUCGUGUGCAAUUG